UCCUUUAAGUACCAUUAAAUCAUAAAUACCCGCGAAGACCUGCAAUUAAUUUAUCAAAAUUUUCUUUCAAAUAAGAGCAUCUUUGUGCCAUACUGUUGCACUGUGGUAACAACAUGGCGACUAAGUAAAUUAAAAGCAUAGUUGAGGGCUAUGCAAAGCCCAGGUGGAGGUGGCUGCAGAGUAGAGCGGGAAAUUAUCGAGGCACAAAAGUGGCAUAAAGAAGAAUUGCACAUCCGUGGCUUUGAACUAGAGUCAUUGCCACUAUCUGUUUGCCAACCACCCAUCACAAAGACUUUAUUCAAGCUAGACUUGAGCCACAAUUUUAUCAGCGAGUUGCCUCCAUCCAUUUCCAAGCUUGUGAACUUGCGUCACCUCUGCUGCAGCCACAACCAGCUUUUGAGCCUGCCAGAAGAACUUGGUCUGUUCAAUUAUUUAAAGACUUUAGAUGUAUCCAGGAACAAAAUUUCUAGGAUUCCAAAGUGUUUGACAAAUGUCCGAACUUUAGAGAUUGCUAACUUCUCUGGAAACAAGAUUGAACUCUUGAAUCCAGAAGUGCUAUCCUUACCCAAUCUACAGAGAUUGUAUGUGACAAAAAAUCCCAUCACAAAUGUACCCAGGGAAGUGUUCUUAGAUGGGUUAGACAAGCUUCGCCAGUAUUUUGAGUUAUAUUUAUCACUCUAUGAUAGUGAUUCUUUAACACAGCAUUUAGAAGCCCUAACAAUCAGUGGCUCCACACUACCAUCUUCUUCAGCUGCAGUUCAUACAUUACCUCCUGUGAAAACUGCAGUUACAAGUGACUAUGGUUCUUGUUCAAAUGACUUGGUAUCAGUUAAUACAGGAUCUGUUCAUGAAGACAGCUGUAGCUGCUUUGGGGACUGUGGCAGUGAUGGUGACCCAGAUUUUGACGACUCUUUUUCAGAAUCAAAUCAACCUUGUUUAGAUGAAAUUUUAAGUUCAGAUUCCGAUUUUGAAGAGGAUGGAUACAUUGAAAAAAUCCUGCCAGAUAGAACUAAAUUGUUGAGGUAUGGCAAUGUUACUGUUCAUAUCCCACAACACAACAAAAGUGGACAUUCUGUGCAUGAUUUCCACAUGGAAAUAUUAGAAGAUUGGAUGUACAAGCCUGAUACCACAGAAAGAGCUGUCCAUGCUAGUCAGGUAGUGUGUGUAGAACCACAUGGCGCAAAGUUCUAUGUCACAGAACCUGCAAUAUUAACACUUCCAUUAGGAGUAGGUGUAGACCAAGAAGACCAAGUGAUCUGUCUCUGUAGUAACUCAGUCCCAGGGAACUUUCCAGUCUGGGAACCAAUACCAAAGAGUGAUUAUAAAUGGGAUAGAGACAGGGUUACAAUCAGAACAUGGCAUUUUAGUUUAUUUACAGUGAUUGUCUCUAAACCUUACCCUGAAGUUGUCAAAGAGGUGCUUGCUGGUGAAGGUGGACAUGUCAUAGUAGAUGAUGUUCCUGGAGUUGAAGUGCACUUUCCCAAAGGUGCUCUACAGGAAAACAUUGAUGCCAGGAUUAAGGUUUAUUAUGCUGAUGAACCGUAUGCUAGAGAUGACCAGUCUGAUGGUCAAGCUCAGGCCUUGGCAACACCUGUUGUUAUGGUGGGUCCACACGGCUGUCAGUUCAAACCAAAUCAUUAUAAUAAUCCAGUGACACUGCGACUUCCACUACCAGACUGUGGGGAAAUCAUGCGCAAGUUUAAAGUCCACCCACAGCAGUGCUUGACAAUCUUGCACAGUGACACAGACGAAACACAACCACUCUGCUGGGAGAGGUUGGAUGUUAAGUAUAAAGUGGAAAAUGACAAGGGUGGAAAUUUUUACAUCCGUGUACCAGUAACACAUUUUUCUUGGUAUAAAGCAGUCUGGGACUUACUGGCAGGAACUCUUCACAGGGCCAAGGUUGGGGCCUCUUAUUUCUAUCCUUACAUAAGAUUUUCCAUGAUGUGCAUUGCUAUGAUGGAGGAAAACAAAGACACAAGGACAUUUGGAUUAGAGGUGAUUUGUUAUCGUAGUGAUAAGAAACUACCUGAAGUGGGUAACUACAAGCACAGAGUUGGGGGCAGCAUUAAACCUAAAAUGGUUAGACCAGGGCCAGUUAUUAUACGUCUGGCUUCCAAUGAUUUUGAAGCUGAUGUUCUUCAUGGGGAAGACCCAAGCCUGACAAAGGUGGAGCUAGAUUUCAGGGGAAUGGAAUUUGAAAAACAAUUUGCAUGCGUUUUCAAGGGUGAGCCAGUAGAAAAAGGUGUGUUUGGCAAAGUGUUUGUGGAGAGAUUAGUUGUAACUGGAAUUCCUGCUGAGGCUAUCUGUGAGUUCAAUCUGACUAAGAAUGGUAAUGAAGCUGAUGUAAUGCCAGACACAACUGAUCGAUGGUCACUUAUGGCUGUCAAAGAACUGGCAGCCAUGCUAAACAUUACUGCAGAUAACAACUGGAAAAAGUUUGCCAAACACUUGGGUUUCACCAAUCAUGAAAUCCGCAACAGACUGUCUUACACCGAGGACCCAUUUGCUUUCAUGUUGACCAUGUUUCAAAAUAGGGGCGGGACCCCAGAUGAGUUUGUACAGUCACUGUAUGAAGUGAGUAGAUCACUUCGCAUGGGUGAUGGCAGUGGUUCCUUAGACCAGAUUGGUUUUAUGAACCAGUCAGGAUUCAGGACAACUGAUGAUGAAGACAGUAGCAUGUCAGAUGAAUCUGCAAUUGCAGGGCCCAGUGGAUUCAUUUCUCCUCCCAGAAAACGUGGAAACUCAAUGGCCCCUAUGCAGAACCAAGCCAAAAGGAAACGCAAACAUUCAGACCACUCUGACAGUUUUUCUAGUGAAAUGUCAGCAGUGCAGGAUGAUCAGGUUCAUAGGAACAACAAGAAACCUCUGGAAGGAAGUGAUCUUUGGCGGGUAUCACCCUACAUCUUGGACAAAUGGAAAUUCAUGGGGAGAACUCUCAAUUUACCAGAAGAAGACAUUUUGAGUAUUGAACAUGCCAAUCGAGACAUUCAAGAAUGCACGUAUCAGAUGCUGCUCAAGUGGAGGGAGCGAUACCCCCAAAGGUGCACUUUUGGAGUGUUGUAUUGUGCCUUGCAUGAGAAUGGGUUGACAUCAGUUGCACAACAGUACUGUACUGUGCCCAAGACGUAACAACUGCAAGCAUGCUACUCAGGUCAGGUUUAAGUGGUUGAAGUGAACAUGAUAAGAUUACAUGAUAUUUUUUCCCUUAUGAUAGCCAGUGAAGUUCAGUUUUCUCAAUUUUAGUUUGACAUGUUGCAAAGACUUGACUUACCACGUAUUUUUUGUUUGGCAAGUUUGGAAAAUGGUAUUAUUCAGUCAACUUGAAUGUGAACUGGUAGCAUGCUUUCUUUUGAAGUCUGGUUGUGUAGAGAGGAGAAGAGACAGUUCAACCUAUAAGAACCAACAAGUCUUCUCAUGUUAUGCAUUUUAUAUAGUUGUUUAGUUUUAAGAAGGUUUCUUACAGAUAUAUUUUUAUACGGGAACUUUUUUCCGCAAUUUUUAUUGUACAAAUUAAAUGAUUUUUGUACAGAUAUCUAUGUUUCUAUGAGCUUGAUCUGCCACUAUUUAUUUUUUCAUGUUUCGUAAAUUUUGAUGGAAGAUGUAAAGUUUUUAAUAAUAAUUCUUGGAUCAGAAUUAAAGCUUUCCAAGGUGUUAAGGGAUCCCACCUUGCUGUUUAAAUGAUUAAAAAAUCCAUCAGUAAUGACACUUGGGAGUGCCAGGCCCUCGUGAUGUAACUUAUCCAAAGGGGUUGAACACCCAAGACAGAAGUAUGUCCAGUUGACCGAUAACCCAGGCAUUUUGUCUCUUUUACACACAAUACACUUUUAAGUAAUUUGUGAACCAAGUAACCAAAUAUCUUGGGGCCCCCUUUGUCCCAAAUGUUUAGCCAAUGUAAGCUGUACAUCGAAAGGCGUAAGUAAGCUCAGUACUUCUGCCAUAUUUCAUGGGCGCAUUUUCAAAAUGUCAGGGUUAUCAAUAAACUUGACAUACUUUUGUCUUGGAAAUUCAACCCCUCUUGUUGCCUUGGUCCCCACAUCAUUCUUCAUGUAUUUCAUUUGUAUAUAAAUCAUCGUAAAAUAUUAUUUUUGAUUUUAUGUGCCAAAAUGUGUCAUUUUGACAAGUUAUUUUACAAAUUUAAGAAAACUUCUACUUCCGUUUGUAAUCACUUGGUAGAUAUUUCAAUUUUAUUUAUUUUUAAUGUAAUUAUUAGGGGAUCCUAGAUGCAUUUAAUCUGCCUUUUCUUCAAAACAGCAACAAGUAGAAAAAGAGAAUUAGUAGUGCAUUACUUUUGGUGCUGGCACCCAGACUAGGUAUAUUGGGCAAAUUUUUUAAUGUUCACAUAUUUUAACAUUUAAGGCAGCCUUUUAUCUUGCACAAAAUUGUAAGUGCUCCAAUAACAUUUUCACCGUGGUAAAAUAAAACACCUAAAAUUUUA